UGGCUUUUCAGUUCUCGGUCGUUAGGGGGAGAAAUCCUUGUUUGUUGUUGCUUCUGUGGCGGAAACGGGAAGUAGAGCGAGGCACUAGAGUGGUGCUCCGUAGCCAGCAGGGAAGCUAACAGGCUAACAGCUAACCUCUAACCUCAGCUGUGAAAAUAGCAGGAUUCGCUGGUCAGACAAGCCCAACAGCUAAUUACUUUGAUUUUAAUAUGGGGAAAGGCGGUGGUACAUUUGAGAGGCUUCUGGAUAAAGCCACCAGUCAGCUUCUGCUGGAGACCGACUGGGAAUCCAUUCUACAGAUUUGUGAUCUCAUUCGACAAGGGGACACUCAAGCUAAAUAUGCUAUUGGAGCCAUUAAGAAGAAGUUGAAUGACAAAAAUCCACAUGUGGCUCUUUAUGCACUUGAGGUCCUGGAGUCACUGGUGAAGAACUGUGGCCAGACUGUCCAUGAUGAGGUGGCGAGUAAACAAACUAUGGAGGAACUGAAGGAUCUACUCAAGAAGCAGACAGAACCAAAUGUCAGAAACAAGAUCCUAUACCUGAUCCAGGCCUGGGCUCAUGCCUUCCGCAACGAACCUAAAUACAAGGUGGUUCAAGACACUUAUCAAAUUAUGAAAGUGGAAGGUCAUGUGUUUCCCGAGUUUAAGGAAAGUGAUGCAAUGUUUAAAGCUGAGAGAGCCCCAGACUGGGUAGAUGCUGAGGAGUGCCACCGGUGCAGAGUCCAGUUUGGGGUCAUGACAAGAAAGCACCACUGUCGAGCCUGUGGUCAGAUUUUCUGUGGCAAGUGUUCGUCUAAGUACUCCACCAUUCCGAAAUUUGGCAUCGAGAAGGAAGUGCGUGUGUGUGAACCCUGCUUUGAGCUGCUUAACAACCACCCCUCCCUCUCUCCUCCACUUAGGAAAGCUGAAGGAAAAGCCGCAUCCUCGGGCUCUGCUGAACUGCCUCCUGAGUAUCUGACUAGUCCUCUGUCCCAGCAGUCACAGAUGCCUCCCAAGAGAGAUGAGGCUGCACUGCAGGAGGAGGAGGAGCUGCAGCUGGCCAUUGCCCUUUCCCAAAGUGAGGCUGAGGAGAAGGAGCGGAUGAGGCACAAGAACUCGUACUCGGUGUAUCCCAAAGCUGAUCCCACUCCAGUGACUUCCUCAGCACCACCAGUCAGCACCCUCUACACUCCCCCUGUGAACUCCUCUGCACCAUCAGCUGAAGAUGUAGACCCUGAGCUGGCCCGGUACCUAAACAGAACAUAUUGGGAGAAGAAACAGGAAGAGGCUCGCAAAAGCCCCACUCCCUCAGCCCCUGCCCCUGUACCACUGGCUGAGCCACUUCCGUCAGUCAGUCAGCCUGUAGAAGGUCACGUCCCUGUCCAGCCAGUCAGCAUAGUGGAGCAGCAGUACCAGAAUGGGGAGUCGGAGGAAAACCACGAGCAGUUUCUGAAGGCUCUGCAGAAUUCUGUCACCACCUUCCUUAACCGCAUGAAGAGCAACCACAUGCGUGGGCGCAGCAUCACCAACGACAGUGCUGUGCUCUCCCUCUUCCAGUCCAUCAACAACAUGCAUCCACAGCUGCUAGACGUCCUCAACCAGCUAGAUGAGAAGCGAUUGUACUAUGAAGGGCUGCAGGACAAGUUGGCUCAGGUGCGUGAUGCUCGAGCAGCUCUCAAUGCCCUCCGUGAUGAACACCGAGAGAAGCUGCGCCAUGCCGCAGAGGAAGCAGAGAGGCAGAGACAGAUCCAGCUGGCACAAAAACUGGAGAUCAUGAGGCAGAAGAAACAGGAGUACCUGGAGAUGCAAAGACAGCUGGCCAUUCAGCGCCUCCAGGAGCAGGAGAAAGAGAGGCAGAUGCGCCUGGAGCAGCAGAAGCACACAGUCCAGAUGAGAGCCCAGAUGCCUGCUUUCUCUCUGCCCUAUGCGCAGAUGCAGUCGUUGCCCCCUAGUGUGGCAGGAGGGGUGGUGUACCAGCCUGGUGCUCCACCCAACUACCCAGGCACCUUCAGCCCUGCUGGUUCUGUGGAGGGUUCACCUAUGCAUAACAUCUAUAUGAACCAGCCUGGGCAGACAGCGCCACCACAGUACCAGGCCAUGCCCAGCACUGCCACAGACCCCAAUAUGGUUAAUGCAUACAUGUACCAGGCUGCAAGCAACAAUGGGCAGCCUGCUCCUCCUCCCGGUCAGGCUCCACCCACUACAAGUCCACCCUACUCCAACUAUCAGCCCACAUCCACACAGGGCUACCAGAAUGUGGUCUCUCAGGCCCAGAGUAUGCCUCCUAUGUCUCAGCCUCCUCCAACUAACGGAAUGGGUUACAUGGGUUACCAGCCUUACAGCAUGCAGAACAUGAUUUCAGCAUUACCAGGACAGGACCCCAAUAUGCCGCCCCAACAGCCGUACAUGCCCAGCCAGCAACCUAUGUACCAGCAGGUGGCUCCCCCUGGUGGCCCACAGCAACAGCAGCCACAGGCUCAGCAGCAGGCCCCUCAGGCUGUGCCGGGCAGCGCAGAGGCACAGCUCAUCUCCUUCGACUGAAUGCCAACACACUGCAGGGUCUGAUACACUACACCCUCUCUCCUCCCUUGGUCUCACUCUUCCCUCUCUGGACUUUUGAGGAUGCCCUCUGGAAACACACACACCUCCUUUCCCACCUUCCACCUUACUGUGAUGUUGUGGCAGUGUGAAAUAUUGUGAUGUUGCAGAACUCUUGCUCUCCUUGCCUCUCCCCCACUGAAGUACGAGAACACGAGGUGAAGCUGCAAGAGAGGGCGCCGUAACCCAGAUCUUUCCACUGUCUUUCCAGCUGAUAUGUAUGUAGUAUUUCCUUAUUAAAUAACUGAAUCUCAGAAAUAGUCAGUGGUAUAAAAGUUAAAAGUGAAUAAGAAAAUAUAACUGAGGAUGAAAAAAAAAGACAUAACCAUCUGUUAUCUCAUAUUUUUCUAAAGGAAAACUUGCAUGUUAAAUUUUAAUCAUUUUCUGCAAUGGAAGUGAAUUAUUGCAACCUAUCCUAACACUUUGGGGAGUGACUGAGAGACAUGCAUGUGCUGUUGACAAGGUUGUGGGUGUGUGGAUAAAGAGUGAUGUCUUGGGAGAGAAAGCACAGUCUAAGGCCUGAAUUAAAUAGCACUAACUCUCCAUCAGGUUCAUUGCUUGACAUUCCAGUUGUAGUUUUUUUUUGGGUUCCAUCACUUUUCCUG